AUGAAUCUGAAAGACUACUUCCUGGUUUCAAAGCUUGAAAGAGCUCUACAGGCGGAUUCCGUUGCCACGAGUCAUCCGUUGUCGUUCAAGGUGGACAAACCAGUUGAAGUAUCUGAAGCUUUCAGUCCUAUAUCCUAUGCUAAAGGAGCGUCUUUACUUGCUAUGGUUACUGCCUUGAUGGGUAAGGAGAAUUUCAACGAAGGAGUAAGGGUGAGUAUUGCAGUUGGGUGGAUA